GAGGAAGCUCGUGUCUUGGCGAGCCCGUCCGCGGCGAGCCCGUCCGACGAGACCUGUGCGGAGUUGCCCGUCAAGAUGGCCGUCUCGCGCAUGACGACGCAAGAGUUCCGCCAGGCCCGGGACGCAGCGAUCCGUGCUGAAGAGGACGUCAAGAGGUCCGCCACCGCCACGGCCGAGUCCUCGCCUCCCGCGUCGAAGCAGGCGAGGUCGCCAAGGAUCGCCAAGUCCGUGGAGACGGCACCGACCGUGACGACGUCACCGACGAUACAAAGCACGGGUAUACUGUCGGCGAGCGCCUUGCUCCGGAGUGCGCUGCAAACCGAGGGCGAUCUGCCCUCCACGACGCCGGGCUUCUUCGACGCCAUCUAUGCCAGCGCCUCCAACGUCGUCGCUGGCAUAGGCCUCGGGGACUCGACGCCGAGCGCAGCGAGCGCCGCCGACCAGGCCAGCGGUGGCGGGGCGCAGUCGGAGCCCGUGGUACGCAGCCGUCGCCGGCACCGCACCGAGGGGGACGUGCUGGCUCGAGGCCGGGCUGGCGGCGGGCAGUCUUCGAAGGUCCUCGGUGCCGCCCUGAUCAGCCUGGAGGGCCAGGAUGUUUCAGCUGCUGGAGGAGAUACCCUGGCGGCCACGGACACGAAGGCCUCGAAGGUCAGGAUAGAGGACCCCCUCGCCGGGACGGCGAAUGACUCGACCCUCGGCGGGACGUUGCCCAUGGGGGACGAGUCCACGAUGAACAAGACGUCCUCGCGGGCGGCGUUCCGCACGAUCCGCAACAAGCUGCAGUCCAGGGCGAUCGAGAGGAAACUGACGCUCGCCGCACUGGAUGUUACCAUCGAGGAAACAGGGGGCCCCGAGCGGCCAGACGACCCGGCGUCCGCUGGAGCGCAGAGCAGCCCGCCAGACGUCUUCCGCCGGGAUGCUGGCCAGAAGAUGCGCACGCUCAUCGCGAGGGACACGGGCCCAUCAGCAGAAUUCGACGGCAUCGACGAGACGAGGCCAGUCGGCGCGCCGAGAGACGCCUCCGUGGACUCCGAGGACUUCUCGCCGCCGCUGCGCCGCGUGAGGUCCAACAGGGACUCCGACGGCCACGCCCGCGAGAAGUCCACGCCGGCAUUCGCGCGCCGGGGCGAGUGUCACGAGGACCUCCCCGCCUCGUCCCUGAAGCGGUCGAACUCCGAGUCCUUCCUCGCCGAGGCCGUCCUGAUGGAGCGGACUCUGUCGGGGAUGUCGCGCGGCAGCUCUCCAGAGGCUAGACACAGGGUGCAUGGGUCACCGACGAUGAGCCCGGCUAGUCCGCCCCGCGCGCCUGUGCAACAUCAGCUGUCUUGGGAGCUGAACGGAGUCAUGUGA